AUGGCGACAGCUAAUCCGUUCGAUUUGCUGGGUGAUGAUGAUGCGGAGGACCCGUCGCUGCUGAUUUCUGCUCAGCAGCUGAAAGCCGAGCCGAAGAAAGCAGCGGCCCCGUCGUCCAAGGCGGCGUCUGGUGGAGCUAAGGCUGCUCAGGCUAAGCUCCCGACCAAGCCUCCUCCCCCAGCUCAGGCCGUCAAGGAGUCAAAAUCUGAAUCUGCACGAGGUGGUCGUGGUGGAGGACGCGGUUAUGGCCGGGGCCGUGGUGGUGGUGGUGGCUCCUACAGGGAUUCAAACUACAAGGAAAGUACUUAUGGAAACAGGGAAUUUUCUGCCCAAGGUACACCAGAGGCUGAUGGUGGAAAAACUUAUGAAAGGCGUGGUGGCUAUGGUGGACCCCGUGAGCCUUUUCGUGGUGGUCGUCGAGGUGGCUUCAGCAAUGGAGAAGGCAGAGAGGGUGACCGUGACCGUCGCAGGCAAUACGACCGACAUAGUGGCACUGGCCAAGGAAAUGAGUUAAAACGGGAAGGAGCUGGCCGAGGGAACUGGGGAACAGAGACUGAUGAAUUGGCUCAAGUGGCUGAGGUUGAUGUUGAAGCUGAGAAAAGUGUCAUUCCUGAGAAGCCAUCUGGAGAGGAGAUUGCUGCUGUUGAUGGAGAUCAGGAAGCUGCUAAAAAUGAAGCUGUAGAGGAGAAACCUGAGGAUAAGGAGAUGACACUGGAUGAGUAUGAAAAGGUUCUGGAGGAGAAAAGAAAGGCUCUACAGGCGCUUAAAACUGAGUCGAGGAAAGUUGACAUGAAAGAGUUUGAGGCAAUGCAACCACUUUCGAACAAGAAGACAAAUGAUGACAUAUUUGUCAAAUUGGGCUCUGACAACAAGGAUAAGAAGAAAGAGUUGGCCGAGAGGGAAGAGAGAGCUAGAAAGUCUGUGAGCAUCAACGAGUUCUUGAAGCCAGCUGAGGGUGAAAGGUACAAUGCCGGUGGUCGUGGCCGAGGACGUGGGCGUGGGUUUAGAGGUGGUUAUGGUGGCGGCAAUACGAGCAAUCCCGGAGGACUUUCCAUUGAAGAUCCUGGCCAGUUCCCGAGCCUUGGUGGCAAAUAA